CCAGCCAUGUGCUCACCUAGAAGAGAGAGAGAACUCUUCCCCAAGACAGAAGAAAUCCAUUGUAUCUUCAGCACCAUCGGACCAAACUCUUAAAGACUCUCUGUGAUCAGCUCCUCCAACCAAUCUGCAGUUCAGUCAACAAAGCCCCGCCCACUGCAAUUACUUAAUGAAGCUCCUCAUAUAGCAGUCACAUCACCAGUGAAGCUCCUCCCACAGCAGUUCAUCAAUAAAUGCUGGAAUAUUCCCAUCAGAAGAGCACUGAAGCAUCAGGAAGAGCUGAAAACUGCAGAGAACAUGAGUGAUCCAGAACCCUGCAGAAUGAAACACACUGAAGAUACUGAAGAACAAAGAGACCUGAUGGAAGAAAGCGAGGAGAGUGAAGAACUAAAGACAUUUCUAAAGAAAAGAGCCAAGAAAUCUUUCACCUGCACUCAGUGUGGAAAGAGUUUCUCAACCAAACAACAUCUUAAGGAUCACAUGAGAGUUCAUACAGGAGAGAAGCCGUUCACAUGUGAUCAGUGUGGGAAGAGCUACAGUCAAUCAUCAAGCCUUAAAGAACACAUGAGGAUCCACACCGGAGUGAGACCGUUCACAUGUCACCAAUGUGACAAAACAUUUCUUGGGGAAUCAACCUUAAAGAAACACCUGAGAGUUCAUACAAAUGAGAAGCCAUAUUCAUGUUCUGUGUGUGGAAAGAGUUUUUCACAGCUGCAUUAUUUACAUAAACAUGAGAAAAUACACACUGGUGUGAGAGAGUACAUGUGCUUUGAGUGUGAGAAGACUUUUACUAUAGCAAACCAUUUAAAACAGCACCAGAGAACUCACACUGGAGAAAAACCUUACAAGUGUUCACACUGUGACAAGAGAUUCAGUCAGUCAUCAUCUCUGAAAACACAUGAGAUGAUCCACACUGGAGAAAAACCUUACAAGUGUUCACAGUGUGACAAGAGAUUCAGUCUGUCAUCAAAUCUGAAAACACAUGAGAGGAUUCACACUGGAGAAAAACCUUACAAUUGUUCACAGUGUGACAAGAGAUUCAGUCAGUCAUCACAUCUGAAAACACAUGAGAGGAUCCACACUGGAGAAAAACCUUACAAGUGUUCACAGUGUGACAAGAGAUUCAAUCAGUCAUCAUAUCUGAAAACACACAAGGAGAUCCACAGCAGAGAGAAGCGGCACACGUGUGAUCGGUGUGGAAAGAGUUUCUCUUUUAAAAAUCAGCUGAAGAUACACAUGAAGAUCCAUGCAGUGGAGAAACCACAUCACCACAGUCUGCAAUCAUGAUAAGUAGUUCAUCUUUAUGUGCUGAGCAACAAUCCCUCUUCUGUGUAAGGUAGACAAAUCUCUCCUCUCCACCUAUAGUUGGCGCUGUUGCUCUGUGGCUGCUGUUGAAUUAUCCAGGUUGUGAAUGAGGAGAGACCUUCUCAAUAUGUGCUCUUGUCUGUACUUGUUUGAAACGUCAUCAGUCGCUGUCCAAGUACUGUUCCAAUUGAAAGUUCACAUCUAGCCAAGUACAGUUCAAAUCCCCGGAUGUGUUCUUGAUCCGCCAUUUUAUCGAGGAUGCAUUGAGAGGUGACUUGUGCGGACUUGAGACAGCCAGGUAUCCCAGAAUGCAUCUUGCACUAACCAGCAAGUGUCAGUAGCAGAGGAGAAAACCCAUGUAACACACUACUGUUAUUAUGUCAUGAUAUGUAGUUUUAAGAGUUUUCAGGCAUGUAGGAAUGUACUGGUUUAAAGCUCAAAUUUGUGGUUUAUUGAUAAAAGUAGCACCUAUUUGGAGUUGUGAGAUCCAGAUGAUCACUGGGCGCUCAUGUACCAUGCUGAGAGCAUCCUUACCUCGGCUAGUCCUUCUGACGUUUGCCGCUGGCUCUGAUGUCUCUGUAGUGCUUAAACAUAAUACAAUUCAUCUUUUGUAAAUCUAACGGGUGAUCUUUGGUCUCAUAAAUCUAUAAUUUGUUGAACUAAAAGUGAAAUCUCAUAACUUAUAGUUAUAGUUUACUGUUGUAGCCUAUUAGAGCGCUGACUUUGUAUGUUUGACUGAAUCAUUUGCUUUAUUUUUCAUUGUAGCUUCUUAUACCUUUUGCUUAUACUUAUAUAAUGGGUAUUUGGCUAUUGUUGGCCAUUAAAACUGACAUUUAACAAAAAGAGUCAGGGGUGUGUUUUAUAUUUGCAGACUAUAUGCACAUAUUGACACAUAUGUUUGAUAUUUUUAAAAUG